CCUUCAGUCUUGCACAGGUGUACCAGCUCCUCCCCUUCAGUCUUGCACAGGUGGACCUGCUCCUCCCCUUCAGUCUUGCACAGGUGUAGCUGCUCCUCCCCCUCGGUCUUGCACAGGUGUACCGGCUCCUCCCCUUCAGUCUUGCACAGGUGUAGCUGCUCCUCCCCUUCAUUCUCGCACAGGUGUAUCGGCUCCUCCCCUUCAGUCUCACACAGGUUGUACGGCUCCUCCCCUUCAGUCUUGCACAGGUGUACUGGCUCCUCCUCCUCAGUCUCGCACAGGUAUACCGGCUCCUCCCCCUCAGUCUUGCACAGGUGUGCCAGCUCCUCCCCUCAGUCUCUCACAGGUGUACUGGCUCCUCCCCCUCAGACUCACACAUGUGUGCCAGCUCCUCCCCCUCAGUCUCACACAGGUGUACCAGCUCCUCCCCCCCAGUCUCGCACAGGUGUUGUACCAGCUCCUCCCCCUCAGUCUCGCACAGGUGUACCGGCUCCUCCCCCUCAGUCUCGCACAGGUGUGCCGGCUCCUCCCCCUCAGUCUCGCACAGGUGUGCCGGCUCCUCCCCCUCAGUCU